CACGCCUCCCCAGGCUGCGGUCCGACUGCACUGAGGGUUGUGAUAUGUUACAUAAAUCCGUGUUUCUCUACACCAACACCACUGACAAGUUUUACUUGUCUCAACCUGAACGGACGUUCUUGACAACACGUACAGAGACGAGAUGGACUCUUUCCUAUAUUUUUCCAUCGAGACGUGGACUUUAAUAACCAUUGUCUUGGCUCUACUAGCACUAUAUGGAAAUGCCCCGUAUGGCUUUUUCAAGAAAUUAGGGGUCAAAGGUCCCAAACCAUUGCCCUUUAUUGGAACAUUUCUGAAAUAUCGGCAGGGCAUCCAUUAUUUUGACAUGGAAUGCUUUCAAAAGUAUGGAAAAGUGUGGGGGUUGUAUGAUGGCAGAGUUCCCGUCAUGGCUAUUAUGGACACAGCUAUGAUCAAAACGAUCUUGGUUAAAGAAUGUUAUUCUGUCUUCACCAACAGACGGGAUAUGGGCCUCAACGGACCUUUAAAGGACGCUGUCUCAAUAGUGGAAGAUGAGGAUUGGAAGAGGAUUCGCAGCGUACUCUCGCCGUCAUUCACAAGUGGGCGACUGAAAGAGAUGUACUCAAUCAUGCUGAAGCAUUCUAGUACUUUGAUCAAGAGUCUUCAGAAGAAAGUAGAUUCUGAUGAGGUCAUUAACGUCAAAGAUGUAUUUGGACCUUACAGUAUGGAUGUUGUGACCAGCACUGCUUUCAGUGUAGACAUUGACUCUCUUAACCGUCCCACUGAUCCAUUUGUGGCGAACAUAAAGAAAAUGACCAAGUUUGACUUCUUGAAUCCUGUGCUUGUGCUUAUUGUCCUCUUUCCGUUUCUGCGGCCACUGAUGGAGAAGCUAGACGUGUCCUUCUUCCCUGCGGACGUGUUGACUUUCUUCUACAACUUCUUACAGACCAUCAAAUCUGAUCGAAACAAAAACAGUAGCAAAACCCGAGUAGAUUUCAUGCAGCUGAUGGUGGACUCUCAGACUUCAGAAUCCGGCAAAGAAAAUGCAAAUAACCAGAAAGGUCUGACAGAUCACGAAAUCCUCUCCCAGGCCAUGAUAUUCAUCUUUGCAGGCUAUGAAACAAGCAGCAGCUCAUUGUGCUUUUUAGCCUAUAACCUAGCAACUCACCCUGACAUCCAGAAGGCUUUGCAAGAAGAGAUUGAUGAAACAUUUCCAGAUAAGGUUAGGCCUAGCUAUGACGAGCUGAUGCAGAUGGAAUACCUGGAUAUGGUGGUGAAUGAGUCAUCAAGGCUGUACCCUAUCGCGAACCGAUUGGAAAGGGUAGCCAAGACAUCUGUGGAAGUCUGUGGUGUGACUAUUCCUAAGGGAACUGUUGUCAUGUUACCAAUAUAUGUUCUUCACCGCGACCCUUCUUUGUGGCCUGAACCGGACGCUUUCAAACCCGAAAGGUUUAGCAAAGAGAACAAAGACAACAUGGAUCCAUACGCCUUCCUGCCAUUCGGCGCAGGGCCAAGGAACUGCAUUGGCAUGCGAUUCGCUCUCCUGAUGAUGAAGUUGGCUUUAGUGGAGAUCUUGCAGAACUUUAGCUUUGUCACCUGCAAAGAAACGGACAUUCCGAUGGAGUUAUCAAAAGAUGGAUUUACAGCACCCAAGAAUCCCAUCAAACUGAAACUGGUGCCAAGAGCGGUCACAGCAGAUUGUUAUUAAAGAGAAAUGUAUUUAAUAAUAGAAACAAAAAAAAGUAAUUGGCUAAAUGUCUCUUUGUUGCCAUUAUGUCCAGUUCACUUUAAAUUGAAGUUUUUAGCAAAUAAUGUGAUAGUAGGAGUCCACAUAGUCCUUUUCGAAAUAUUAACAUUACUCCAGUCUUAAAGUCUUGACAUUGGCUCCUAGUCAUCUAUAGAAUACACUUUAAAGUUCUGCCACUUGUCUAUAAAUCACUGAAUCGUUUACGUGGUAAAUGCAUUAAAUGAAUGCAAAUGGACUAUAAA